AUGGCAGAGCCUCCCCCAGACAACGAUGUGCGCAUUCUUAACACGGCGGGUGAGGUGAAGUACCGAGUGGCGGCGAAUGCAGCUGCGGACAUCCGAGGCUUGAAACAACAUCUGGCACCCCUUUGUGGGCUCCCGCGGUUUCGGCUGCGGCUACUCCAAGUGGGGAGCGAGCGGGUGUUGCAGGAUGGAGACAAGCUUGAUUCGGCUGAGUUUCAGCUGGUGGUGUUGCCGUUUGCAAGGCCCGAGGAGCCACAGGAGGUGAAGCUUGCUGAUGCUAUUCAAUCCGGUGACAGUGACACAGUUGAGCAGCUCCUGCAACUGCCCCGAAACCCCGAUGACGUCCUCAGCAGCCUCCAAGCCACGCCGGUGGUUUUGGCAUGUUGUUUUGGCCAUGCGGAGAUCGUGAGCUUGUUGCUGGAGGCUGGGGCGUGUUGUCAGCUGCCGUGCCAUGGCUAUGACUGCUAUGAUGCAAUGCAGCUAGACGUCGUCGCAACCACACCUCUAGGUGCCGCGUGUGCAGCGGGCCAUCUAAGAACUGUUGAGGUGCUGUUGAAAGCAGGUGCCCCGCUGACCUCAGCCUGCCGUGACGGUUGCUUUUUCCCUUACUGGAAACGUGUUGAGCUGUGGCCCUUCGACAUGGCGCUGAAUUGCAAGCAGCUGGAAGUGGCACGGUCCCUGCUGGAAGAGCACCGCCGGCGAGGAGCUCCGGGCCCGCUAAGAUGUCAAAACGACGCAAUGACUCCUGAAUAUGUGGCAGUUGCGGAUGAGGAUUGGCUUCGCCUUCAUUUGGAUGCUGGCACCAGGUUUGAGUCGGGUGCUCUUGUUGGAGCAGUUGAACGUGGCGAUCCAAAGAUCGUGCGUUGGCUGCUGGAAGCUGGUGCUGACAAGGAUCGUCCGAGGACUUCGGGCGCCGGGAUGCAUGAAGCGCCUCUCCCAGCAGCAGUCAGGAAAGGCAAUGUUGAGAUGGCACGCCUGCUGCUUGACAUCCGCGCCAACAUGAAUGCGUUCCCCUUUCACAAGGACAGACUCAGAGGAGGAUCGCUUCUUAUACGGGCCAUCUCCAAUGAGGAUGUUGAGAUGGUGAGCCUUCUUGUGGAGUUCCGUGCCGAUGCUGGGCAGGAGUGCCAGGAGCACGCCCUGUCCAGAGGGUACCCGGAGAUUGUGCAGAUCCUCAGGACUAGCAGACGUCCGGCCUCAGACUGA